CCCAUUUACACGUUUACUAUUUCCCAUGUGCACGUGAAGUUACCAUAAAUCUCGAUCUCGAAAUACAGGAUCCCUUUUCCUCUGAACAAGAUAUAACCUAGAUGUUAUAAUUCUAAAAUAUAUUAGAGUUUUCUCUAAAUCAACGAGUGGUUUUAAGGAAAGAAAAGCAUUUGAAAAAUCUAGUGUAUAAUAUAUUAACCAAGAUUAGGUUGGAUACCAAGGGCUAACGUUAGCUUUAACACGGACAAUACGUGCGGGGUACAACUGAGUUGUUCAUGCCUCUGGUCAUAAUGAAUAGGCAAGGUUAUUGUGGGGAAAACGUGUCGCCCAGGAACAUUCCCACUGGAAUAUUAAGAAAUGGAAGGCAGACUAACAAUCUAUCAGAGGAAGAUGAGGAUGAUUUAAAGAUGGAGCUAGCAAAGACAGAGGAUGAGAUACAGACGUUACGGCAGGUGCUUGUUUCCAAAGAGAAGUAUGCAAUGGACAUCAAGAGACAGCUGGGUAUGGGUCCCUUCAGUGAGAUUAAACAGAACAUGUCAAAAGGCUGGCAGGAUGUUCAAACCUGCAACGUAUAUCUUACAGCCUCAGCUACUCUGGAGGACAUCAGCCAAUCUAAUAUGUAUAAGAGGACCCAGGAAAGUCUCUCUAAUGCAGGACAGAUGACCAGCGCUGCUGUGUCCACUGUGGGUGUGGCCAUCACAAGAAUGCUGGGAGAUAUAAGAUCUCUACCUUUGCCCAGCCCACAUCGCCCCAGCUCCUUGACCCACUCCAUCAGUGUGCCCGCAAUGAGUAUGAGACAUUCCAAUACCUUCAGGUCUUUUGAAGACAUGGUGGGAAGCAUGAAGACCAAGGUGUCCGGGAGUCGAGGGAAUGAGGGAGAGGUCUCUGGUUUUGGCAGAAGCCCAUCUCAGAACAGUGGUUCCUUCUAACAUAAUCCACCUAAUUUAACCACCCCUAAAAAGUAAUGUCAGUAUAACCCCUUAUAUUACUUUGUUGCCAUUGUCCAUAUCCCAUCUGACAUUAACAUUAUGUAAUGAGGCUGGUGCAUGAAGAAAGUACAGUUAAAAUCAAUAUGGAUUCAAUAUUUGUGUUGUUUUUGUUGUUGGAAAGGGGUGGGAGAGAUUAAAAAUGUAAUACUGUGAAUGACUGUAUCAAACUGCAAGGAAUGUGAUAGAGGAAUGUAGCUUCAAUUGUAGGAUCAUUUCUAAUAUGCAUCUGUUUAUAUUGUCCCAUUCUUUAAAGGAAAAUGUUACUGUUAUAUCCUGCUAUUCCAUUCUAAGAACAUGACCAUUACAAAGGUAGUCCUAUAGAAAAAUAUUUUUGUACUUUAAGAGUAUUUUCAAUUAAAAUGUGUUAUAUGUUGUCUGGUCUAAUGUCUAAUCAUUUUAGAUAAUAUACCUUGCAGUGAACAUGAAGAAAUGCUUCUGAUGGAUUUUUGUAUGUUUUACACUAACAGCUAUCAAUGUUUAGGAGUAGUGUGUAUUUCAAAUAUAUGCCCA